CCCAAGCCAUGGAUUUGAAUCGCCCCCUCUGUUGCCUGUGUGGCGACGUCGGUUUUCCAGCCAAGCUCUUCCGCUGCGCCAAUUGCUCCAACCGCUUCCAGCACUCUUAUUGCAGUAACUUCUACUGCGGGGAAUCGGCCGACCCAAUAACUCGACUCUGCGAUUGGUGCCGAACCGAACACACAACUCGCCGCCCUGGCCCUGCGGCUGCCAACAAUGGCGCCACAUCCCAAAAGCCUCACAAAAUCACUGAUCAAAUUACUGAAACAAAAAGCUCUGCCACUGGAGUGCCCUCGCCUCGCCCUGCUCCACGCCGCUACAAGCUUCUCAAGGAUGUCAUGUGUUGAAUCCAUUAACCUGCUCUUAAAAUAAACUAAAGAUUGUAAACCUUGAAUAGUAAUUUCUAAUUUGAAAUCAUGUUUAGUGCACUAAAUUGUAUCUGUAGCUAUAUGCAAUUUCAAGUGAGCAUAUGCAUGUAACUGCAACUCUGUUGGUUUACGGUUAUAAAAUGUGUCCGACUUGAAACCAGCCGCCGGUGUGUCGGCCGCA